GCUUUCGCGCAUGUCGCCUCUUCAAGCGCUUUACAUCAAUGACACAUGCUUGUCAUUUACGUUUCUCAACAGAUGUCCUCCUGUAGUGGCUCGUACGGCAGUUACUGUUGUGUACAGUGGUGCCAAAACAAUGGAAGAACGAGAAAGAAGCCCGGCACCAGUUUUUUUCGUAUCCCACAGGACAGCAGGUCGACGGCAUGGGUGGCAUAUUCCCGCAGAGCCGACCUUAUGGAAAAGCCGGCAGGUGUGUUGUACAAGUCAUACAGGAUAUGCAGCGACCAUUUCACUGCAAAAGAUUUCCUGGACCCAGGUCGCACGCGACUCAUUAGAACAGCUGUACCUACAGUUUCCUCAGCUUUUGCAGAUGCUGCCGAUGUACCAUCUGUUGGAUUCGCUGUUACAUCGCAUCAAAACACCGUUCCAGAGGACCAUCUGGAAAAGUCUACUAUAGGCAUCAGCACUAUGUUUGAAGACCCUGCUUUGCAAGGCUGCAGCCGUCCUGCAAGUGAGGAACAAGCUGGUGAGGACGUCCUACAUAAGACAUGCGAGCAAGGCUCCCUCAUGACGGCAAGCCAUGCUGCUAAAGCAAGCCUACAACAGAUGUCUGGCUGCAACACCCCUGUGAGCGAGCUAGGUGCAACGACCUCCCAGGUGGAUAUGUUUGGCAGCAGUUCUACCGAGGAUGAGCGUUGUGCUGUUGAUGAUGCCAUUUCCGAGGUGGCCCCAAGCGCCAACAUUUUCGAUUCAGCUGAAAGACCAGUAGGAAACUAUCCCGUUGCUUGGAAGAGCGCAGUGAGGAGCUCUCCGUCAACAAAAUUUAGGGCGACCGUCCGGCGACUGCAGUCCAAGCUAGCAAGAUGCCAGCGGACCAUCAAACGGUUGCAGAAGAAGCAGAGCAAGCUACCGCCAUCCAUUUCGAAGGCACUGGGCAUUAUUCGUCCAUCAGUGACAGAGGAGGUUUUUAAGCUUUUGUGUACACACCUGCGAUUGCAGCAGAGGGGAAAAGGCAAGCGCUUCCCUAUCUGGCUCAAAAAGUUUGCCUUGCAUUUGAACUUCCGUGGACCCCGUGCAUACCGUUUUUUGGCACCAAUUUUCUCUUUGCCAACACAGCGUACUCUGAGACGCUGGUUGUGCAACUUUAGGAUGUCACCAGGAGUGAUUCCGGGAAUUAUUCAAAGUAUUUCUGCUAGCACUCACGCAUGGAAUGAGCGCGACCGAGUAUGCACCCUCAUGUUUGAUGAAAUAGCUUUGAAAAAGAACUUAUCCUAUGAUGCCGGUGAAGAUAUUGUGCAUGGGUUUGCAGAUGAUGGCAUCGAGCGGUCAUCAAGUAUUGCCGACAGAGCCAUGGUUGUGCUUCUGGCAGGUAUAUCUAAGAGGUGGGUUCAGCCAGUCGCAUUUACGAUAGGGCAUGCAAAUGUUAUUGAUAAAUUACUAAUCUCGAUUAUUGAGCAACUUAAAGCCGUCAGAAUUGUUGUCAAAGCGGUAAUCUGUGACCAAGGCACGUCAAAUGUCAGCUUGGCGCAGAAAUUGGGCAUCACGAUUGGGAAACCAUAUUUUGAAGUUCUAGGCGAGAGAGUUUAUUUUAUUUUUGAUGUACCUCAUUUGAUCAAAACGACCCGCAACAAUCUCCAAGCACAUGAGUUGCUCAUUGGGAAAGAAGUUGUGAAUUGGUCUCAUAUUGAACAACUGUACAAAUCCACACAUGAACUAAGGUUACGAUUGGCUCCAAAGCUAACAGAGCGGCACAUAUACCAAAGGCCAUUUUGCAACAUGAAAGUCAGCAGAGCUGUACAAGUCCUGAGCUCAUCAGUUAGUAUUGCAAUUAUGACAUUGGUUUAUGUAAAUGAGCUUUCCUCUUCAGCUGUAGCUACAGCAAACUUUUGUGACCGUAUGGAUAAGCUAUUCGACACAUUGAACAGCUCCAGCCCCCAUAGGAAUGCUCAGAAAUACAGAUAUGCCAUAAAAAAUGGGCAAAAUGAAUUAAUUAAAUUUCUGAAAGAGCAGCUUCCAUGGAUUGCUUCUUGGAAAUUUUCUGGCAAGCGUCAGCCGCAAACAAUCACUGGCUGGCAGAUAACAAUUCAGGCUGUCAUCCAUCUUUGGGACGAUCUCUCGGCCAAUUACAACUUCAUCUAUCUGCUAACUCGUAGGCUCCAACAGGACCCACUAGAGAACAUGUUUGGGCACAUCAGACAAAAGCACGGUUGCAAUACUAACCCAAAUGUAUCUCAGUUCAUUUGUGGUUUAAAGCAUAUUUGUAUUCAGAAAGCCUUCAAACUCUCUGAGCAGGGCAACGUAGAAGAAGAUAGAUCUAAACUCCUCCAUGAAGUGUCGCCGUUCUCUCUAAAUAGCACCUCUCUGGUUGAUGUAGUCGAAUCAGUUGGCCCUGAUAACUUUCCGUCUCUCGAAGACAUUUCAGUUCUUGCAAAAGACAUUCAGUCGCAUAUCAUUGACGAUUCAGCAGCAUAUUACGUGGCAGGCUUUCUGGUCAAAGUGUUCCUGGCAAAAUCAUUCGAAGGGUGCACUUGCCGACAGUUGCUGCAAGGUGACAUAAAUUCAGUGAGUGCCGAGCACCAGUAUUUUACACUACUGAAGGCUUAUCACGCACCGAGCAAACUGUUUGGAAAUUUGACAGUGCCAUCACAAAGAUUGUUCGAUUUUGUUCAAGAAAUGGAGACCCACUUUCUUGCCGUGAUUGAGGCUACAGCGCAUCUUGCACAUGUGUGUGAUGUUUUGUAUCAGUAUCUGUUUGGUGUGGGGGAAAUGGAAUUUUGCUGCAUUGCAUGUCGCCAGAGAUUUGUCAAAAUGUAUUGCCGGAUACGUCUGUGUUGGCAUGUUCGAUUCGUAAACCGCAAUUUAGACAAAGUUAGGUUUCAUUCAUCAGUGUCUGGCGUGCAGCUUGAAAAAGUUAAAGGUUAAUGCAGUACUUCUUUUCACCAAUGAACAUAUAAUUGGCAUUUAAGGUCUGCUAGGGCUCCCUUGCUCAAAUUGAAUAGCAUUUUGGCAGGGUCACACUAUUGAUACAUUACAAGUGUGUGGUGGU